AUGGCAAGAGUCAAAGAUCGGAGAAUUUCAGCAGUCGGGGUUCGUGAUCUUAGUCAUCCCAAGUCCCUCGGCACGUGGCAGCUACGGCAACGUCCAACACUGUCCCUCCGCAAAAAAAUGAACAUCGCCCGGCACAUACGGCAAACGCCAUUCGUCUGUACUCGCUGCACGCGAAGCAUAGCAAGCGUGUCUGCUCUCAAACGUCGCGGCCAUGGCUUCAAUCGGGUGCUGCCUGGGCACACUAGCAUUCCAUCACAAUAUCCGAUGACGCUGCGGAAUCGCACAGCAUCUCCAACAUCAAAUGGCGCUUUCAAAACGUACAGCACGGCAACGACAUCGAGAGGGCGUCUACGCAUCGCCAUUAUUGGAUCGGGCCCGGCUGGCUUCUAUGUAGCCCAUCGUCUCAUCAAUAAGGUUCAAGAUGCUGUCAUCGACAUGUACGAACAGCUUCCUGUACCUUAUGGCCUGGUUCGCUUUGGCGUUGCGCCUGAUCAUCCAGAGGUCAAGAAUUGCCAGGACACUUUCGAGGAAGUGGCGCAAUCACCACGCUUUAACUAUAUCGGCAAUGUACGUGUUGGCCCCGAUGUCGAAUUAACCCAGAUGAGGCCGCAUUACGAUGCAAUGUUGUUCUCCUAUGGUGCCAGCGAAGAUAGGAAGCUGGGUAUACCGGGAGAAGACUUACCUGGAGUCUAUUCUGCAAGGGAAUUUGUGGGAUGGUACAAUGGCUUGCCAGAGUUUCAAGGACUUGAGCCGAAUCUCACGGCUGGCGAGCAGGCAGUCGUGAUUGGGCAGGGUAAUGUGGCAUUGGAUGUUGCACGUAUCCUGCUCUCGCCUGUAGACAAACUCGCGAGGACGGACAUUGCAGAACAGGCUAUCCAGACAUUGUCUGAAAGCAAGGUCAGAUCCGUCAGAAUUGUGGGCAGACGUGGGCCACUUCAAGUAGCAUUCACAGCCAAAGAGGCACGGGAGCUAAUGCACAUACCGUCUGUCGCCUUCGAACCCAUCGAUCGAUCGUUCUACCCACGCGAUAUGAAACUUCCUAGGGUGCAAAAACGGAUUGGAGACAUCCUGCUCAAGGGUAGUGACGCAACCUUGCAAGAAACGCCGCGCUCAUGGGCACUCGAGUUCCUCAAAGCACCAAAGGUCAUGCACUCGACAUCAAAUCACCUUUCUUCGAUAGCCUUCACGAAGCAGCAAUUCGCCAUUGAUCCGAUGGAUCCUGCGGCACGUGUAAUACCCACAGAUGAGGAGGCUAUGAUGGAUGCGUCGCUCGCCUUCCGAUCAGUGGGCUAUAAGUCGACAGCCCUUCCAGGACUUUCAGACAUAGGCGUGCCAUUUGACAACAAAAUGGGCAUUAUACCCAACGACAUAUACGGCCGCAUAAUUUCGCCAUCGCUUGGCCCCGGCGAACUGACCGCCGGCCAUGUCCCUGGUCUAUACUGCGCAGGCUGGGUAAAGCGCGGUCCCACCGGUGUCAUCGCAAGUACUAUGCAAGAUGCCUUCACAUCUGCAGAUUGGGACCAAUGA